AUGAUUGGAAGUGUGAUCUCCCUCGCAUAUUUUCAAGAAAUGGAAGAGAAUUUUGGUGAGAUGGAUUGUGAAUUCAAGUCUGACUCAGUAGUGAUGAGGCUUCUUCGAUCUGCCAUGGAUAAAGCUCUUAGAAAAGUGCAUUCUAAAGAUGGGCUUAUUGAACGCUUAAGCGAGGGAUCAAAAUUUUAUGAAUUCGCUCUUGUUCAGAUGGAGAGUUGUUUGAAGAUGAUUCAAGAAGAGGCAGACAUUCCCGAAAGCAGCCGCGAAAAAUUAGACUCCGAUUUGAUGGAAAUCCAAGCCUUGCUUCGGGGACGCCUAGAGAAAAUGAAGCUUUCUAUCAAAGAAAUGGAUAAAGAGUUCAUGGAAAGACUAGAGAAUGAGUUAAAGCUUAGGCAAGCAUUGGAAUUCAAAGAAAGAGAAAUAGUUCAACUAUAUUCUACCCUUGAGGCUGAAAGAACAAAGAGAGAGGGCCUCCCUGAUUUUGUUCCAAGCAAUCAGGCAAGUGGGGAAGAAACUAAGGAAGGUGAUAUUGGUGAUUUGAAACAUUCUGUGGAUCAGCAGGUGUGGAAUAUUAAACAAAAACUCGAGGAUGAGCGUAUAAAUUUAACAAGUGGGGUGAGGAAGAUGGAUCAUGGGCAUUCCAGUUUGGUUGAUCUUGAGCUUGAUUCAGAACUAUUGGAUGAGGAACGAAACCAGUGCACCUGGUUGAAAGAAGCUGAGUUUUAUGACAUCAACGUCCCAGCUUAUUCUCUGAGGCCCGAACAGAAUAUAGUCAUCGAACAGAUGAGUUCAGANCACCUGGUUGAAAGAAGCUGA